CGGGUCUGCUGGUCUGCACUUUCUUUCCAUAUUCCAUAGGUGUCGGCCCCACGGAAUUCUCACUUGUGCUUACAUGCACCGGGCCUACAACCGGCACCGACCGAGGCGGUCGCUUUUUAGUCGCCGGCCGGCUCUAGUGAUAUCGCCCUCCAUUUCUCUUGCUUGAGCCACUGAUAAGCUCUCCAUACGCUCUGUAGUCUGUACUUGCGAGCUCAUUCUACCUCUCCUCCACUCCUCUGUCUCUUCACCAGAAAGCUUGGAUUUUUUUCUCCUUUUUUCCUAGAGGCAGCGGGAAAAUUCUUGACGAGCGAUGAUGCUUCUGAAGAGCCGAGGUAAAUGUAUCGGCUUUACUUGUCAGUGCUACAAGCUUCAAAGCGUUGUCGCCAACUUCUCCUCCAUACCGGGUGAGCCUCCUCCUGGGGUUAAUGAAAGCAAAGUCUCCAUCCUGAAUUUGGCAAACCCUGAGAAUUCAAGAAAACUCGACAUCACACGGCAGGUAAUCGACGACGCUUGCAAAGUCCUGCAGAGUGGUUUGUGGGGGCCUGCGGUGCAAAAUGCGCUGAAUAUGUUCGAUGAAAUGCCACAAACGGAAUUAGUUAUUGGGGUCUUGAGGAGAAUCAAUGAUGCGGAUCUCGCAGUGAAUUUUUUCCAUUGGGUCGAGACGAAGGCUGAGCGUGCUCACUGCCCCGAGGCCUACGACGCCCUUCUCAUGGUGAUGGUUCGGAGCAGAAAUUUCGGUCAUCUCGAACAAGUCCUUGAAGAGAUGAGUCUUGCUGGUUUUGGUCCCUCUAAUAACACGUGCAUUGAGAUAGUCUCCAGCUGCGUGAAGUUGCAGAGACUAAAGGAAGCUUUUGAGCUUAUACAGACCUUGAGGAAGUUCAAGUUCCGCCCUGCAUAUUCUGCCUAUACCACUUUGAUUGGAGCCCUUUCGGUAAUUCCUGAAUCCCGUCUCAUGUUGACCCUCUUCCACCAAAUGCAGGAGCUGGGUUACGAAGUGACUGUCCAUUUAUUCACGACUCUUAUCCGAGCUUUUGCAAGGGAGGGAAGGUUAGAUUCAGCCCUUUCUCUGUUGGAUGAGAUGAAGAGUAACUCUUUAGAAGCUGAUAUCGUUCUCUACAAUGUCUGCAUAGAUUGCUUUGGGAAGGUCGGGAAGGUGGACAUGGUGUGGAAGUUCUUUCAUGAGAUGAAAGUUCAUGGGAUAAUGCCCGAUGAUGUUACAUACACUAGCAUGAUUUCGGUUCUCUGUAAAGCCAAUAGGUUGAGUGAGGCAGUGGAGUUAUUUGAAGAGCUGGAUAGAAAUAGAGCGGUGCCUUGUGUUUAUGCUUACAAUACCAUGAUCAUGGGUUAUGGUUUAGUAGGAAAGUUCGACGAAGCAUAUAAUUUGCUCGAGAGACAGAAGGAGAAAGGCUGCAUCCCAAGCGUAAUUGCGUAUAAUUGCAUCCUCACUUGCCUCGGCAAGAAGGGAAAAGUUGAAGAGGCAUUAAGGUUAUUUGAUCUGAUGAAGAAAGAUGCUGUCCCUAAUCUCCCGACACAUAACAUUCUCAUUGACAUGCUCUGCAAGGCAAAGAAAUUGGAAGCUGCCUAUCAAAUUAGGGAUGCCAUGAAAGAAGCUGGUCUGUUCCCAAAUGUUAUGACCGUAAACAUAAUGGUCGAUCGGCUCUGCAAAGCUCAGAGAGUCGAUGAAGCUUAUUCUAUGUUCGCAGAAAUGGACCGCAAAGUCUGCACCCCUGAUGCAGUCACAUUUUGUUCUCUCAUUGAUGGGUUGGGAAGAAAUGGGAGGGUUGAUGAAGCCUACAGGCUUUAUGAGGAGAUGCUCGACGCUGGUCACACUCCUCAUGCUGUUGUUUUCACUUCCCUAAUUAGGAAUUUCUUUAGGUGCGCCAGAAAGGAGGAUGGACACAAAAUUUACAAGGAAAUGGUUCGAACGGGUUGCUCCCCUGACCUUGUUCUCCUGAAUACUUACAUGGACUGUGUUUUCAAAGCUGGGGAGACAGCCAAAGGAAGGGCUCUCUUUGAGGAAAUAAAGGCUUGGGGUUUCAUCCCUGAUCUGAGGAGCUAUUCAAUUCUAAUUCAUGGACUCGUGAAAGCAGGCUUUCCGAACGAGACCUAUCAGUUGUUCUAUGUAAUGAAGGAACAGGGCUAUGAGCUAGACACUCUUGCUUACAACACAGUUAUUGAUGGAUUCUGCAAGUCGGGCAAGGUUGACAAAGCUUAUCAUCUUCUUGAGGAGAUGAAGACUAAAGGGUGCCAACCCACAGUUGUCACAUAUGGUUCCGUCAUUGAUGGGCUAGCGAAAAUUGACAGGCUCGAUGAGGCCUAUAUGCUCUUUGAAGAAGCUAAAUCGAUAGGAUUAGAGUUGAAUGUCGUCAUUUACAGUAGCCUUGUUGAUGGAUUUGGAAAGGUAGGAAGGGUCGAUGAAGCGUAUUUAAUCAUGGAAGAAUUGAUGCAGAGAGGUCUAAACCCAAAUGUGUACACAUGGAAUUGCUUGCUUGAUGCACUCGUAAAAGCAGAGGAAAUCAACGAAGCCCUUGUCUGUUUUCAGUCCAUGAAAGACCUGAAAUGCCCUCCUAACCACGUGACUUACACCAUCAUAAUUUGUGGUCUUUGCAAGGUCAGGAAGUUCAACAAGGCCUUUGUGUUUUGGCAAGAGAUGCAGAAGCAGGGGUUGAAGCCCAAUAUGAUCACGUACACAGCUAUGAUCUCGGGACUCUCAAAGGCUGGAAAUGUACUGGAGGCUAAUCAACUAUUCGAGCGAUUUAAGGCGAAUGGUGGCGUGCCUGAUUCUGCAUGUUACAAUGCGAUGAUAGAAGGGUUAAGUUGUGCAAGCAGGGCAAUGGAUGCAUUCACCCUUUUUGAGGAAACAAGAUUGAAAGGUCGUAGUAUACAUACUAAAACAUGUAUCGUUCUUUUAGAUGCGUUGCAUAAGGCGGAAUGUCUCGAACAAGCAGCGAUUGUUGGAGCUGUGCUGAGGGAAAUGGCACGGUCUCAGCAUGCUGCCAAGCACUGGUAAUGUAGAGGGAGAAAUUAUUCUAGUUGAAUUGGAUAUAAAUUGCUCCGAGCAAUUUAUGGAAUGGAGUCUGUUUCUGUAGACUCUUCGCACCUCCUGUUCUUUCCAAUUAUCACUCCAAAAGGUUCGGAGGUAUAAGCAAGUUUCAAAAAUGGAGUAUGAGGAACAGGAAGCAUUGAGAUUUUGCCAGUCAAUUAACCAACAGGAAAACUCGAAGUUCAGGAUGCAUUUGUUAUGUACAAAAUUCAAAAAGUUUUGUGCAUAAGUCGAGCAAUUCGGCACACUCCCUUUAAUCGGGAGGGUCAUUCUUCCAUAGGUUAGAAAGGGUCAUUUGGAAUAGACAUUUUUAAAUUUUGCCAUGUACCUUUGGUGGAAUAAGAUCAUUUACUUGUUGGAAUGACUGGAGCUGAAAUAUGGAACAACGUUUUUGCUGUUAUGCAAUACAACUAGCAGAUUUUGCCUGUUCAAGCGAAAACCGGAAAAUUUAUGGAUU